CCACAAUUCCACUACCCGGAAACAGCGCGCGGUGUGAUGAAGCGCGGAAGUAUCGCGGGGGAAUUCCUCGACAGUCUGCACCUGUCUGAUCUUCUGUGGACACUUUUUACCUGAUUUACUUUGUAAACAUCGAUUGUGUAUUUCCUGCCCUGUGAGGCGGAAGAUGUUGUGCAUGCUGAGCGCGUGUGGUUGAGAAUAAACGGGGCCGUGUUUCCUCACAGAAGUCAAUCGGCUCACACAGCGGAUCUGGUUUAGUUAAACGGUGCUAGCGGCCUAAAUAAGAGUCAUGGUCCAGCCGCAGCCAUCAGGGGGUUGCACUCUGCAGUGGGAGUUGACUGGAGAUGAGGCGGUGGGAGCCGGAGGUCAAGGGUCACUGAUGGCCAGUUCACAGGGGUCACUGAAAGUCCCACCCGAAUUAGCCGGAAAUGAAGUAGUCCUUAGACUCCUGACAGACAAUCACCAGCUAAGGGAGGCACUUAAGCGAAGCAACGAUGCCCUCAGAGAGAGAUGUGAAGAAAUGGAGGGAUGGCAGAGGAGGUCAAGAGAGGAACGAGAGUUUCUGAGCUGUAGAUUUCGUGAGGCCAGAUCCUUAGUUCAGCGACUGGCACAGGAAAACCAGAGCUUGCAGGGACAGCUCAACCACAGCAUCACUCAAACAGGAAGUCCGAACGUUGACAUCUCUAAAGAGAUUGGAAGUCAAGGUCAGGACCAAGAGCAAAAGUGUACCAAUACAGAGAAGAAUGUCCUUGUGGACUCACCAGAAGUAUUACGUGAAGCUGCUCAGACAAAUCAAGCUGAAGGAGACACUGACAAGCACCACAUGCCUCAAAGUUUGCCUGCUAAGGGCUCUAAUGAAAUUCUCAAACUGCUGAAAAGCCACAAAGAGAAGCUGGAAGAAGGGGUGACAGCAUUGAGGAAGAGAAAUGAGGAGCUGGAGAAGGAGAAAGUCGAGAAUGAGAAGGAGAGAGAAAACCUCCUUGCCACUGUGGAGCAGUUACGCUCCAAACUCACUCAGAAUGGUGGUGGUGUUACUGAAGAAUCAGUCCAGCAGACAUGUGCUCUUACUGUUCCUGCAGAACGCUUUCACUUGGCUAAACUAACAGAGCAGCUGCAAGCUACGCAAGGCAGGUACAAGGAGCUUCAGGAGAAGCUUGACUGUCUUCAGAAGAACUCCGUGCAGAGGGACAGGACCGAGGCUCUUCUCAAACAGAAGGAAAAGGAAUUUGCUCAGUUGACAAAGGACAGUGAUGCUUUGAGAGCUCAAGUCACAUCCCUACUCGGAGAGCUGAAUGAACGACAAAACUGGCUGGAGAAGAGCGAAGCAGAAAAACGACUUUUAGAGGAUAAGUUGUGUAAGAAGACGGAGCGUUUGCAGAUCUUGGAGAGAGAAAUAGAACAGCAGAAGAAACAGCACAGCGUGACGGUCGACAAUCUUUUACUGCAGACUCAGAGCCUAGAGACUGCAUUGAAGAACGAGAGGCUAGUCAUAGUAGAGGAAAGGAGGAAGUUGGCGCAGCUUCAGCACGCAUACACAUGCCUGUUUCAGGACUACGACAGCAAACUGAAAAGCGAUAACCGGGGUGGAGAGGCGGAUACUGCUAACAGGUUAGCAGAGGCUGAGAAAGCUCUGGCUCUGAAACAGGAGCUCAUCGAUAAACUCAAGGAAGACACUGAGCAGCUCAGAGCUACUUUAGAGACUAUACCAGUGCUUAAUGCUCAGGCAGAGAUCUAUAAGAUGGACUUCCUGGCUGAGAGGGAAGCAAGAGAAAAACUCAAUCAGAAGAAAGAGGAGCUGCAGGAGGAGCUAACUAAAGCAAAGGCCGAGAUAGACAGACUGAAGCAAGAGGGAACCUCACGAGCUCGCAUAGAAGAGAUGCAACAGAGACAUAUGGAGGACUACAGGCCUCGACCGCACCUACCACCUUCAGCGGCACCGUUCGCAGGAGCAGCCAUGUUCAAUCCGGCCCAACCUCCAUCUGCACGCAGACGAGAAGAUGCUCAAGAUGAGCUGCCAGAUUAUCGCUGCCCCAAAUGCAUGUAUAAGGCACCAGACAUGGACACCCUGCAGAUUCACGUCAUGGACUGUAUUCAGUGAUGGGUUCAGGUGCUCUCUUAAAAUCUGAACUCUAACGACAAUAGAAACAAAAACAUCUAGAACAUGGAAGAUACAAGAUGAGAAGAACCAUAAGGACUUUGGACAUUUAUUCUUGCUGCCGACUGACUUAAGUAGACGUAUAGCAGAUAUUCUGUGGUUCUAGAGUUGCCACUAUGUUCUAGUACACUUAGUGUAUGUAUCUCUUAAAAACGUGUCUAUUCUGCCUUUCUGUGACAGCAUAGUGUAAUGUAAUGCACGUGUGAAUGUUUGUGUCUGCUUUGCGUCUGCACACAUCUGACAGUGACUCUGUUUCCUUUAUAUCUGUGGUAUUCGUUUCUCUGGAUGUAUGCACUCUUGAGGAGUCAUGCCAGCCUGUAGUAAUAUUUGUGUAUUAUCAGCCAAAGUGAAUAUGGAUAAAAGCAACUUUGUACAGACUGUUAUGAAGAGAUUUUAAAAAAUAAAAGUGUGAAUAUAA